AUGAAGAUCGUGGCAUUGCCGUUAUAUACGAUUGAGACUAAGAAUUUCGGCACCUCUACCACCAGAAGGAAACAUUACGAUUCAAUCCCAAAGGAGAGGGUGGACUGCGUGGUUGUAGGGGCAGGCGUGGUGGGGUUAGCAGUUGCCAGAGAACUUGCCUCCGAAUACCACAGAGAUGUUUUGGUCAUUGAAUCUGCUCCCACUUUCGGCACUGGCACCAGCUCUCGUAACAGUGAAGUCAUACAUGCAGGCAUCUACUACCCUCCCUAUUCUCUCAAGGCACUAUUUUGUGUUAGAGGAAGAGAAUUGCUAUACAAGUAUUGUUUAGAACAUGAAAUUCCUCAUGAACAGAUUGGAAAGAUCAUAGUUGCUACUGGGUCUUCAGAGAUUCCAAAGUUAAAAGGUCUCAUGAAUUGUGGGAUUGAAAAUGGGGUUGUUGGGUUGAGGAUGAUGGAGGAUCAUGAAGCCAUGAGAUUGGAGCCAGAAUUGACAUGUGUGAAAGCUUUAUUAUCUCCUGCUUCCGGAAUAGUUGAUACCCAUUCACUGAUGCUUUCGUUCAUUGGGGAAGCCGAAAGUCAUGGAACACUUUUCUCUUUCAACAGUACGGUAAUUGGUGGCCAUCUUGAAGGAACUCAUAUUUGCCUUCAUAUUUCUGAGGGCAAGGCUCUUCAAAAUUGGGAUGGGAUGUCUCUUUUGCGUCCAGAUUUUGAACUUAUACCUAAGAUUGUAGUUAACUCUGCAGGGUUGAGUGCCCCAGUCCUUGCAAAGAGAUUCAAUGGCCUAGCUGCUGGAGUCAUUCCUGCUUCAUAUUAUGCACGUGGUUGCUACUUCACCUUAUCAAAGACUAAAAUUCCUCCUUUUAAACAUUUGAUUUAUCCUAUACCUGAGGACGGUGGUCUUGGAGUGCAUGUUACUCUUGAUUUAAAUGGCCAAGUCAAAUUUGGCCCUGAUGUUGAAUGGAUCGGUGGCAUAGAUUGUAUUUCAAGCUUCUUGAACAGGUUUGAUUAUUCUGUAUGUGCCGAUCGUGCAAUGCACUUUUACCCACAAAUAAGAAAGUACUACCCUGGUCUAAAGGAUGGAUCUCUGGAGCCUGCUUAUGCUGGCAUCCGACCCAAACUUUCGGGUCCCAAACAGGAUUCGGUUGAUUUUGUGAUACAGUUCAAAAUGGUAGAUCUGCUAUUGUAUAAUCAUGUCCAACAUCAUAAAAUAGGUCUCCGUUAUUACCAGUCUAAUAAAUUUGAUCAUCUUACGGACAUUACCAUGGCUUGGGUGUUGCUUGUUGAUUAG